AUGCUGCAAUGGUCAUAAGUAUGAAAAAUGGUCAUAAGUCACUUUUUUCAACAUCAAACAGUCACUAAAUGAUCUGUUAUAAGUCAAGAACUGCCUGUAUGGAAAUCACACCACCAGGAAUGGCAGCCCCUAAUUUAAUAGUCAUUGGACUUGCUAACAAGGGCUACUAACCUCGAUGCCUGUUUAUCAUAUGGAUUAAAGAUGGCUUGUUUUUCAAAGCUGGUAAAGAACUGUCCGUAACUGAGCCAAAGAUCACGGUUUACACAAUCCCAGAUGGCCAGAACGCCAUCCUGGCUUGCACCUGCCCUCUAGAGGCCAAGUCAUGGUUUGCGAUGGUUUGGCAUGGGUCGCAUCCUACUCCACCUUUACAAGCUCCACCAGCCAAGGAGCAUCGCGACUUGCAGCAGCCAGGAUGCGCCCAAAAGGAUGCUGCGCACCUGGGUACCAGCCCGGGGCCAGGGAUGCAGGCGACGGCGCUCAUUGGCCGCGCUGCCCGCCGGUCAGCGGGAGGCCCACCCCGGCCUGCCAAUGGCGGCCGAGGGCGAAUUGCAUGCGGGCGAUUGACGGCGCCGCCGGGCCAAUGGGCGGCGCCGGCGGGCGGGCUCUCUUCGCACGAGGGGGAAGAUGGUUUUUGAUCCCGGCCAGCCGCUCCGCUCCCGCCGCCGCCGCCGCCGCAGUGGGUGCUGAACAAGAUUCAUCUGGAUCCUGGAGGAGCUUGACUCCAUGUACCCCGAAUCCACCACGGACUCCCCGGCCAGAUUCUCCAUCCGACAGACUGGAUCCCCAGGUAUGAUUUACAGCGCUCGUUAUGGAAGUCCGAAAAGACAGCUCCAGUUUUACAGAAACCUCGGGAAGUCUGGACUGCGGGUUUCCUGCCUCGGCUUAGGAACAUGGGUGACUUUUGGAGGACAGAUAACAGAUGAGGUGGCUGAGCAGCUGAUGACCCUCGCCUAUGAGAACGGCAUCAACCUUUUCGACACGGCCGAAGUCUACGCCGCAGGGAAAGCUGAAGUCGUCCUAGGCAACAUUAUCAAAAAAAAAGGAUGGAGACGGUCCAGUUUAGUGAUCACAACCAAAAUCUUUUGGGGAGGGAAAGCCGAGACAGAAAGAGGCCUGUCCAGAAAGCACAUUAUAGAAGGUUUAAAGGGCUCCCUAGAACGGCUGCAGCUGAAUUACGUGGAUGUGGUGUUUGCCAAUCGGCCGGAUCCCAACACCCCGAUGGAAGAGACCGUACGAGCCAUGACCCAUGUCAUCAACCAAGGGAUGGCGAUGUACUGGGGGACGUCGCGAUGGAGUUCCAUGGAGAUUAUGGAAGCGUAUUCGGUAGCUCGGCAGUUCAACCUGAUCCCUCCGAUUUGUGAGCAAGCUGAAUAUCACAUGUUCCAGCGGGAGAAGGUCGAAGUUCAACUUCCGGAACUUUUCCACAAGAUCGGCGUGGGAGCCAUGACGUGGUCCCCGCUGGCGUGUGGCAUCGUUUCGGGAAAGUACGAUGGUGGGAUCCCACCCUACUCACGAGCGUCGCUCAAAGGUUACCAGUGGCUGAAGGACAAGAUUUUAAGCGAGGAAGGCCGACGGCAGCAAGCGAAGCUGAAGGAGCUGCAAGCGAUCGCCGAGCGGCUGGGCUGUACCCUCCCGCAGCUCGCCAUUGCAUGGUGUUUACGCAACGAGAGCGUCAGUUCCGUCUUGCUAGGAGCAUCCAACGCAGAUCAGUUGAUGGAGAAUAUUGGAGCAAUACAGGUUCUUUCCAAACUCUCCUCUUCCAUUAUCCAUGAAAUCGAUAGCAUUUUGGGCAAUAAACCUUACAGCAAAAAGGACUACCGCUCUUAAUAACGGGGGGCAUUGGAGGGCCCCCAGUCAAUCUGGGACUGAUCCGCCCGCCUGCCUCUCUCUCCCGUUUGCUUGCUUUAAAGCUUAUUCCGAAGAAGCCGAGCGAGCACGGCCGAGUUUGCAUCCGAGAAUUCAACCCACCGCGCCUGGAGACAUUCCCAGAAAAAACCUUGUUUUCCAACGUGACCAGAACACGUGAAGGACUUUUUGCUUUUUUUAAAAAAACAAAAAUUCUCUUUUUCUCCCCCACUUCACCCGAAUGCAAGAAAGAAGACAUGGGGAAAAUGUUGCGUGGAUAAUCUGGACUUCCAACGCUUCCUUUUUUGCAACGGGAAAGCAAAUUUUUCGCAGUGGGGUUUUUUUUUCUUCCCCGUUCCAAAAAAUAACUCGUAGGCACAAGUGUCAGUGUUUUUAAAUGUUAUCUGGACCUCAAACAACCCCCCCCCCCCAGGAUUGUAGUCCAAAAUGUUUGGAUGAGACCCUGGUAAGGUUGUCUGAAUAUGUCAAACGUCACGGAAAUACUUUUUUCUUGAGCUUUACCCUAAAUGGCCUGUAUGAAUGGAAUUGAGGCCAGUUGGAGGGGAGCCUUGAGGUCCUCUAGUCCAACCCCCUGCUCGGUCCCAGAAUUCAAAUUCAACCUUUAGCAUUCUCACUGUUCAAAAUAGGUUUCCUGUAACUUUGAAAUCCAGUAUUUCGAUUCCCCUGCAUCUGAAAUUUUUCUUCACUGGGCCUGCUUUGUUGUUGGGCAACAUCGCUGCAGCCGCCGAAAAAGGCCAAGGCAAUCCUUGGCUGCAUUUUCAAGAUCAUGUGAAGUGUGUUAGUACCGCUUUACAAAAGCUUAGUAAGACCACACUUGAAAUAUGGCAUGCAGUUUUGGGCGCCACGAUAUAAAAAAGAUGUUGAGUCUCUACAAAGAGUACAAAG